UGCCUGAAAGUCCUGAUUACCCAAGUCAAUAAAACCCAGUGUGUGAGCAGCUCGCGUGCAUCACAUCCUGCCUGAACCCUGGACCAACAAUCUGCCAGCUACAUUUUUAAACUCCGCAGAUCACAAAAAGCCAGCUUCUUCCCCUGUCACCGCUCCACACCUCAUCACGAUGCCUCAUCGCCACUGCUCCGUUGAGAUUAACAACAGCUCCGGCUGCUAUACUCUUGCCAAUCCAAGGGUGUUCACUGAGAGCGGCUGCUGUGAGGUCCCUCUGCCACCCAUGGUGGGCCCCUGCUCCUUUGCCAGCGCACUGUUCAACAAGACCACUGGUGCUGCGACCGGAGCUGUCGGCGUCUUCACCUACGACCUUUUCAACAGCGAAUAUAACGACUAUAGCCACGUCAUGGCGGUCAUGUACUCCGUGCCCUACGACCGAAACCUCUACUCCAACUGGUUCGCCGUGGGGAUCUUUGAAAGAGGGAACGACUGCGACUACAAUCUUUAUGAUAUCAUGUAUAACGGAAGUGAAGAUAAUUUUAGGAGAGGAAAGGCUGAUGGCUCCUGCAUUUCUUAUCAGGGUGAUUAUGUUACUAUCAGUGCCUCCAUGUCAGACUCAGGUGAAGCAGUCCUGAGGGUGGAUAUCAGUGAUGUCAGCAUGUAUUAAGUCAAAAGAAGACAACAGCCUACUGUUGUUAUGUCAUUUAAGAUGAUCAGUCAUUUUAAUAAAAUAUUUCAGUAUGUGUAAAACUUAGUUGGUCACUGCCUAAAACGCAUGAUUAUACACUAAAUAUUUUAGAUGCAUCGUUACAAUUAAAAAGUCAAACCUU